AUGAGUAUUCAGAUGGGCUUCAGCUAUUGCGUGAGGAUGAAGAAGAGUGAAGUGGAAGACGGACGGGUUCAGAUGAUGCAAUCGGUGAAGGAGAAAACAAUCAAGCGGGAGUUUGAAGUGAAGGAGGAGGACGUCGUCAAUGACGAUGCAUUUAUCGGUGGCACUUACGACAUGGGUGGAAACGGUUUGAAACAGAAGGUGUUGAAGGGUAUUUCAGAUGAAGAAGUCUACAAAUUGCAAUUCGAUCGCAUAGAUGAGGCUGAAACAUUUUACAACAUGUUAGCUAGAGUAGCCGGAUUUAGUAUUCGAAAAGAUGAUUUGAAGCGUGACAAGAAUGGAGAUAUAAUAUCUCGAAAGUGGGUGUGUUCUAGAGAAGGGCAGCGAGCGACAAAGUUUAUUGAAAAUGACAAGCGACAGCGUGAGCCACGAUCAUUGACUAGGGUUGGAUGUGAAGCUGCAUUUCGUGUAGGCUUGAAUAGGAAAGAUGGAAAGUGGAUUGUAAAGGAAUUUAUAGGAGAUCAUAAUCAUAAUUUGGUCGAUGCUAUCAACACACAAUUCCUUCGGUCUCAUCGAACAAUAAGUAAUCCCGAUAAGGCACAAGUUGAUGGUUUGCGUAAAGUAGGUGUUAAAACCACACAAAUUAUGGACUAUAUGGUAAAACAAUCAGGGGGACAUGAGCACGUCGGUUUCACACAAAAAGAUAUAUACAAUCACGUUGAUGCAAUGCGUAGAAGUGAAAUUAAAGACGGUGAUGCAGAAGCGGCAUUGGCUUAUUUGUGUGGAAAGGCAGAAAUGGAUUCUUCAUUUUUUUAUAAAUUCAACAUUGAUGAAGAAAGUCGACUAGCAAAUUUGUUUUGGGCUGAUUCAACUGCUCGAAUGGAUUAUGCGUGUUUUGGAGAUGUCCUAGCAUUUGACACAACCUAUAGGACAAAUGCCUAUAAAAAGCCUCUAGUAGUGUUGGUCGGUGUUAAUCAUCACCAUCAAACUGUUGUAUUUGGUUGUGCGUUAUUGAUAGAUGAAAGUGUUGGGACAUAUGAAUGGGUGUUGGAGACAUUUCUUGAAGCAAUGAUGAAUAAGAGACCCAUAUCUGUUGUAACCGAUGGGGAUAAAGCUAUGCGUAAGGCAAUUAAAAAAGUAUUACCUGAUACGUGUCAUCGAUUGUGUUCAUGGCAUUUGCAACGAAAUGCAUUCACGAAUGUGCAUAUUAAGGACUUCUCAAGCAUAUUUGCAAGGUGCAUGUUCAUGCGUGGGAAUGAAGAAGAAUUCAAAAAGGUUUGGCAUGAAAUGGUUGCAAAUUUGGGACUUAAUGAGAAUCGUUGGGUGACCGAGAUAUAUGGGAAACGUAAAGAUGGGCAGAGGCGUAUUUACGUGGAAAUUUCUUUGGAGGGAUGA